UUUGGUUAAAAUGGACAGUAUACAGUUGAAGGCUCCCUGAAUUUUCUCUUGGCUCAUGUCCAUUGAGGACAAAGUAAAUAUAUUGUACUGUAUUACACUGAGCCACACCAGUGCUGAAAACAACCCUAAAAUCCAAGCAUGACUUGGAAGAAAGUGAUGUUUUUGCUGAAAAUUAUUUACAGCUUCUGCAACACGACUCGCUAAACUGGCCUAUGGCAAUUUCUUCAUUAAUACAGCCUGGAAUGAAGCUCUUGUUUUUCUGUGUCAGUUUACUCAGAAGGACUGACAACACCACAUUAACAACCCUUAAGCGUUAGGGCUUCGUUCAGUAGUUUCAUUAAAUACCUCUUUUGUUGAGAUAAAAUGUUUAUCAUUUGCAAAUAUUUGUCUCUUGGUUAGCAUGCCAACAUCCUUACUUUUUUAUUUAUUUCUAUCUUGAUACCUUACAGUACAAUUCCUUUGUGAAAGUCACUGUGCAGAUGAUACGUAAACACAGGCCUGGCUGGUCUAUUUGCUUAGUUCUCAAAAUGUCCACACCCUGCUACACAUGCAACACCCUUCCCACACUCCUUUUUGUUUAAAAUAGUCUUUUAAGCACGCAGGGCAUUUUGAGUCAUGUUAGCCAACAUCUGUUCACCAAGUCAUCCUUUCUGACCUCAGCCUUGUUUCUGUAGGACAAGCACCAUCGCAAUUCAGCCAAAGAGCAGUGUCUACAGGAGGCAUCAGUUUACUGUACAAAUAUAACCAGCAUUUAAGCCAUAACCUUAGACUGAGUGCAUACCUCUGCACAAAGCACUGGUCAGUUCAGAUCAGUGCUCAUCGGGGAUAAGCUUAAAAUGUUUCUGCAGGACAUUCCACUGUUUUAUUAAACAAGGAGGUUAGCGAUAACACGGCGGCGGGACGUUUUGGUAUAUUUUACACAUUUCAAGUUGCUGAAUGUUACACCAGUAAUACAUUUAGAUCAUGAGCAGCUGGUCAGGUGGUUGAUCCGAGACACAGCUCCCUGACUGCUCAAACACGCAGACACACACACACACACACACAUACGUUCCCUCCUUGUGGCCCCCUCCUCCCUGCACAAAUUAGUUAAGUCAGUGGACCCAAAAGCCUCAAAACAAUCCAACCUGUUAGUGCCGGCGUGAGCAUUUUCUGUAGAUGUGGACAGAGUGACUUCCUCUACUUUCUGGCUUAUUUGUGACUAGAGAGUGCACAUUUCAGACGAGCUGGAUUACCUCACUCUUACAGUAGCAUCAGGACUGGGGGCCGAGAAGGAGGAAACGCAUUAGAGGGACCAGAAGUGAGAGGACAAUGCGAGUCCAGGUGCACACAAAGUUCUGUUUCCUGUGUGUGCUCACCUUCCUCUUCCAUCAGUGCAACCACUGCCAUGAGCAAGAGCACAGCCAUCAACACGGUGGACAUCACCAUGCCAACCACAGCCACGCCCACAGCGACCUGCAGAUUUCCGAGGCUCCAUAUAUAGGUGGGGCCACUCUGUCCCCGGAGUCCAACACUCUUCAAGGUCAAACUCUAGAGGAGGAGCAGCACUUCUACAUCCAGCAACUGUUCAGGCGCUACGGCCAAAAAGGCCGGCUCAGUUUCCAGGGAUUUCAGAGUCUGCUGUUUAGCUUGGGUCUGGGUGAAGUAAAGGUGGUAGAUGUGGAUCAUGACAAUCUGGGCCAUGACCACGUGGCUCAUCUUGAGGCGCUCGACAUGCAGAAGGGCCUUCACUCACAUUCAUCCUCUAAUGAAGACCACAACCAGGGCCACAGUCACGAGCAUGGUCAUCCACACCACAAGCCCAGUUCCCACCAUCCACACACAGAACAAGGGCCCACACGGUGCAGCCAGCAGACGACUGCUGCCAGUCCAGCUGCUGGUGUACCUGCAGGACACGAUCACGACCACGACCACAAUCAUGGGCAUGAAGCAGAACAUAGUCAUGAUCACACCGAGGUAGAGGAUGGUGACCAUAAACACUCUGAUACACACGUGCAGGACACGCACGAUCAUGAUCACGCACAUGAGAAAGUGCACACACCUGAGCUGGUGCAGGUGCAGUCCAACCAAAAGAACCAGUCUGCUCAGCCUCACAGUGAUCACAAACAUGACCACAGUGAUCAUGACCACAGUCAUAUCCAUGAUGUGGAGACAGGCACAGACAUUUCUCCCAUCAACCAGGAACGGCAGCCCGCUCCCCAGGUGGAUCCAUCCCAAGUAACCCAGGAGCCACAGCCCUCUCUUCCCACCGUAGAAAGCCAACCCAAGAAACCAAGAAAGCCAGCCAGAGUCAGAGUCAGAGGACAGAGAGGGCGAAACAGAACAACUACUCCUCUCACGCCUCUCUCUCAUGACCACGAUCACGACCAUCCAUCUGAACACAGUCAUGACCAUGAUCACAGUCACAGCCAUUCUCAUAAAGAUAAGAGAGAAGCACCGGGAGAGCCCAGCAACCCCACUCUGCCAGCCCCUGUCUUGUCUGACCAUCCAGGAGGAUUGUCUCAUCAGCAUGAGGAGUGUUUGAACCUGACUCAGCUCCUCUCUUACUACGGACUGAAUCCCGACUCACCCAUCUCCCCCAGACAGUUCACCUACCUCUGUCCUGCCCUGCUCUACCAGAUAGAUAGCCGUUCCUGCAUCCGCCAUAUGGAUGUGGAGCAGAAAACGUUGCAGCCUGUCAGUUCUGUGUAUGUGUGGCUGUGGGGUUUUGUGUCCAUCACCAUCAUCAGCCUGCUAUCUCUGCUGGGUGUGGUCCUCGUACCCAUCCUCAACCAGUCCUGCUUCAAGUUCCUGCUCACGUUCCUGGUGGCGCUGGCAGUGGGCACACUCAGUGGAGACGCUCUCCUUCAUCUGCUGCCUCACUCUCAAGGGCAGCAUGACCACAGCGAGCCUGGGAAGAGCCACGUCACCAAUCUUGCGACAGACUUUGAUGGAGUGUGGAAGGGCCUUACAGCGCUAGCUGGCAUCUACCUGCUCUUCAUCAUUGAACACUGCAUCGGCAUGUUUAAGCACUACAGAGACCACAGGGUCGCAAAGAAGGUGAGCGAGGAGGGCAAGAUUGGCAGGAAGUUGUCAGAUCACAAGUUAAACCGCCGCUCAGAUGCAGAGUGGCUGCACCUGAAGCCCCUCAGGGAAGACCCCGACAGCUCCGCCGUCUCCUGUGACAACAGUCACAACGACACACAGCUCACAAAACUGCAUAUGCCUGACUCUCCUACCAACAAAACGCCGCUGGCACCCACAAAGCCCCAGCAAGACGACCAGUCGCCCACCAAAGAGAACGGACGUAAGACCAAGCGUCACGGACACUCGCACGGCCACGGUCACUCUCAUGGAGGGAACUGCCACUCAGACCAGGAGAUGAAGGAUGCUGGUAUAGCCAGUAUCGCCUGGAUGGUCAUCAUGGGCGAUGGCAUGCACAACUUCAGCGACGGGCUGGCUAUAGGCGCAGCAUUCAGUGCAAACCUGACAGGAGGCAUCAGUACAUCGGUGGCCGUUUUCUGCCAUGAAUUACCUCACGAGCUUGGUGACUUUGCAGUGCUGCUGAAAGCAGGGAUGACGGUGAAGCAGGCCAUUGUCUACAAUCUGCUGUCCGCCCUCAUGGCCUAUGUUGGCAUGCUGAUUGGCACAGCUGUGGGCCAGUACACACACAAUGUCACCAGCUGGAUCUUCGCCAUCACAGCUGGCAUGUUCCUUUAUGUGGCUCUGGUGGAUAUGCUGCCAGAAAUGCUUCACGGGGACAGUGAGGACCACAAGCGCUGCCAGCUUGGACACUUUAUCCUCCAGAACCUGGGCAUGCUGACCGGGUUCGGCAUCAUGCUGCUCAUCGCCAUCUUCGAAGACCAAAUCGUUUUCGAUUUUGGCUUUUAGUUGAGGAGGGAGCGGGGUGCUGAGUGAAGGACAGGAGAGUUGGAUGUAUCAAUAUUGUUCUUCUUGGCCUUAACAUGCGUUGUUUGCAAUGUAACGGCCCAGUCUUGCAUGCAAUGUGAGUCUCGUUCAUGGCCUGUGCCUCCAUUCCAAACAAGCUGCGGUAGCUUAUGCAUAUCUCAUGACCCUGCCAGUGGUGUUUACACUCUGCUCCUCCAUCAUCUCUCCUCUGUCAGCUCCAAUCUGUCUGCUCCUUGUGAAGCAAAUAAAAAAAAAAAAAAAUGAAGAAAGAGUGACGCUGUACUCCAACCAGGGAAUAAAAACACCUCCUCUGCACUGAACCAGUAAACUCCAUCUCCAAAGAAUAGCUGUAGAUAGUACAGUGGUGAAGGAAGCGUGUUCCUGCAGAGAGACAGCUGUCACGGCCCAGCAGCUCGCUGCCUAUGCAUCAUCACCUGUUGUUAGCGUGUUGUCUUCGUACCACCCCCACUGCCACCUCGUCGCCUAGUCGCUCUGUGCUCUCCCAUCUCCAGUGCCUCGUACAUCUGCUGUGUGUGUUCCACCCGGCAUCCAUCAUCAGCUUCAUGCUGUGUAUUGUGUCUCUCUGUGCCAAGCCCAGGCCACUGGAGCAGCACCACAGCCGCUCCACGCACCACCGCACUGUGUUCUUAAAGAGACGGAGAGCUCAGUUUAGCUCACCAAUAUAUCUGGAGUCAACCUGCUGGUUCUUGUUUGCUUCACAUGCAAAAUGUCUCGUUGGCGUCAAGACAGAAAAGUGUUCGAUUGUCAAAAUGGGUCAGUGUUUUGGUCUUUUUUUCUCCAUUUAUUACUUCAGAGUUUUGUUUUAUCGUCUAAUUUGAGUUUAGGGAUUGUUAAGUCUUUGUAUUUCGUAGUGAUCACUAACACAGCUGCCAAAGCCUUUACAAAUUAGUAUUUCAAGACUUAUCAAUGGUUUUGUUUAGAACCUAGAUGUUGCAAGUAUCAGACAAAUCUUUUUAAAGGGUCUGACAAUCUUUAGCCGAAGGAGGAAUAUCCUGUUUAGGCAUUUAUAUUAUUAUCUAUCUUCAUAAAAAUCAGUAGCUUCAAAAUGUGAAUUCAGAAAAAAAAAUUAUUAUUUAUGUUGUCUUCAAACAAAUGUUGUAGUUUACUAGAUUUAAUUAGGAAACGUACUUGAGCUAAAAGGUGCUUUGUCUAUUCUGACUGCCCUGCAAUUGAAAUUAAUUACAAUAGGUUACGAGGUUGAGUUGCCGCGCUAAUGUAGAUUUUUUUUUUAAUGGACUAUAACUACUUGAGGUCUAUAUAGUGUCAGUAAUUGAGCAGCUAUUUGUUCCUGCUAAAUAACAGUUUUUAAAGGUACUUCUUGAAAGGAAUUAAUCAUGGUAGUUAGAGACAAACCAAGCAGAAGACAACAGAAUAAAAUACCGGUCGUGUGCGCUUUUGAAAUCCAGCAUUCCCUGCACUUAUGGAUGUUUUACCCCCAAAUUAUGAGACCUUUAUUGUUAUUUGUAAUUUUUUUUUUUUUUUUUACAGUCAUUCCUCUUGUACUCAAUCUGCUGACUGUGCCAAAACUGGCUAAAGUGUGCAUUUUCAGUGGCUGGUGCUUGAUACUGCUCCUCCCCAUACCCUGCUCCGACAUUCCAUUGGCUGUUCUGCAGCUCUCAUGCUAAGCUAGCCAGCUAGCUUAGCUUCAGCUGCUGGAGCACACAGAUAACUGUGUGUUUGGCUUCAUUUAUCCUGUCACUAUGUGACAUCCAUCGUAUGUCUUAACUGGCUGUAAAUCAUCGGUCGGUCAGUCAGUCGUGUUGAACUCAUGUUAAAGAUCUGACCGAAUCAUGCAUGAAGCAUGAGUGAAACGGUACAGACGUUGUGUUGAGUGUAAAUUUGUUUUUCAUUCUUCAUACUGCAAAGUUAAGAUAUUGACAACUUUUGUUACUUGUUGGAUUAACUGUGUGGAGAUCAUGUUCUUUGGGGUAUAGAGUAUCAGGUGUUAUGGGCCUUUUCUGAUGAUGCAGGUGUCACUUAUCUGCAUCACUUGUGUCUUUUACAGGCAUUUUAUUAUUUAAACUUUUAUUUCUAUUUAAUGAUGGUUCACACAGUUGAAAUGAAACCUGAAUGUAUUUUCAUUUAACACCAAGUGUUAAAGGUUAGAGAUCCUUUUUUGUAUGAACUAAAAUCAAAACCAUACUGUCAGCUGUUCAGUAAGAGUUAGUGACAUUUAGAGACACUAUGCCCCCCAAGAACAUGUUUCUUUACUGUUUAUUGGGCAAAAAUUGUCUGUAAAGUGAAGGUCCAUGAUUGUUCUUGUUUUGUUGUAUGUGUAUUUGUUUAGUAAUCUGGAUAUAAAAUGCAAAAUGUGACAUCCUUGCUGUUUGCUUGUUUGUGCAUUCUCUCCUUUGCGAAAGGAAAAUAAACUCUUAAAACAGA